AUCAGACUCACGGUUACGAUCCUUCGUCCUCCACCACCGAUUCCAACACCAAAGUACUCACCAUCCGUUGCAACUCGAGCCACAAUCAAACCCAGCCCUAAAGCUCCCACACCGCCAAACACGUUACUACAAACCAGUAAAAAGGACUCAUCUCCUCCGACUUAGACCGCACGAUCCUAAUCGGCGAAUCCGGCAUCUCCUACAAGCUCCCCUGCGCUCCCUUCGAGUUUCAGUUCAGCUGCUCAGAGACUCCCAAGGCGAAACCGGUGGGGACGGGAGCCAGCGUUCAUGCCGUUCGAUCCGCCGAUGAUGCCGAGGCCAAGAAACGGUGAGCUUCCUUCUAGAUGGGAUGGUCCUAAUGGUACUGUAGUUUUGGUGACCAAACCCAAAGAAUGGACUUCUUUUACCGUUUCUGGUAAGCUACGACGAAUAAUCAAAGUGAAAAAGGUCGGUCAUGCUGGAACACUUGAUCCUAUGGCUAGUGGUCUCUUAAUCGUUGGAGGUGAGAAACUGUAUGACAAAGCAAGAAGAAGAGAAACCAUGGAGCUUUCUCCCAGACGUAUCUCGAUUUUCCAGUUUGACGUCAAACACAGUUUUGAUGACAGACAAAAUCUGAUCUUCCAAGUUGUAUGCUCCAAGGGUACAUACAUAAUAUCUCUCUGUGCAGAUCUUGCUAAAGCUCUUGGAAGUUAUGCUCACUGCUCUCCGGCGAGAUUCAAUAGGUACGUGUUUUAUCAACCUGGUUUUCUAUAUAAGCUUGAUUCACUCCGUUUUCUUCUCUGGGGUUCAGGUGAAUAUUUUGCUAACGAUGCUUGGGAGUUCAAUGAGUUAGAAGCAGCAAUUACAAAGAACUACUUCUAG